CCCGCCGUCUGAAAUCCAAAUCCUUCCUGUUGCCCUCCCCGCUCAUCACAGUUCAACAUAACUAUGACCUUCCUUUUUGCGACGCUCAAACUGAAAUCCAAAUCGCCCACCGUCGCCCUCUCUGUAAUUCUUCAAUCGUCGCAUUGUUUCUUUCCAUCUGCUCUGUCUUGCGAGGCCCCUGAAAAAAAUCUCAACUCCUCUCGCUCUCGCCGUCUGUCCUGCAGUGCAAUGCGUCUCUCUUGCGGCCCUCCGAGAAGAUAAUUCCUCCACCUCUCGCUCACUCUCGCAACACCAGCUACUUCUAACCAUUCUACACACUUUCGGGGGUCUAACCAUCUCUGACGGUCUCUCUAUCUCUUGUAAACAAUCCAAUCUUCCAUGUUCAAUAUGAUCCCAGUUAAAUCCAGCUCUCGCAAAUCCUCUACGGAAUUAUGUUUCACUAUCUCUUCCAUCUUCGACGCACCAUCUUCAUUACACCCUCUUGAAAUUUUCAUUUGCAAAGCCACCGUUACUGAAUCAAACAAAUCUGACCAUUGCGCAACCACAACAAUGAGACUUGAAUUGAUAUCACUUACUCUCCUCACCCUUUUUGUUCCAUCUCACUACUCCAUGGCUUGAUUCUCGCUCGCAACUCAUGCUCCGCAAGUCAAUUCCCUCCCCAGUGCCACUGCUGGCGGACCUAGAAACCAUUGCCGCCCCCCUUCUAUUUCCCGUGGCCCAGGCUUUCGGCAAGAUUCCUUAGUGAGUCAAUCAGAUUAUUCUCAACUUCCCUCAAACUUUCUGAAAUGAUUAGUUGUUGACGGUCAUUGUUGUCGAGCUAGGGGGUUAGCUUGGCGGGGGUAUGUUGCCGGCGUGGUAUUGGUAUUGGGGAUUAGAAGAAAUUAGGGUGUUUUAUUUAUUUUGAAUAAAAGUGAUAAUGAGGUGGAAAUGAGAUGACAAUUUUUAAAAUUUAUUUUUAUUAUUUUUAAAUUGCCACGUCACACAUUUAACGAUCAACUUUUAGAGUUGAUCGCCACGUAAGCAAAAGUUAACCGAGUUGGACGAAGAGUGACCAAACAUGAACGGUUUCAGUAAACUGAAGUACUACCAAUAAAUUUAAAUAUUUCGAGUGACCAAACUUAAACAUUUUUUUGUAAUCUCAAUGACUAACUAUGCAAUUAACGACCAUGUAAUCUAAGUGACCAACCAUGUAAUCUCAGUGACCAAACUUGAAUGGUUAGAUGAAAUUCUGACUGUGCCGUUAGAUCACCCGCUGUAGAACGACUGGAUGCCGCUCGUCCAAUUACGACCUUGGCGUUGCGCAAUCGAUAUGUCCUGUACCGAACGACCAAUCGUCACUAAUCAAGUGGUGUCCUCUUUGAUUCAAGUUCUGAAUUUUCAGAAUGGAAGCAGCAGCCACGGCGGCAUUACAGCAACUUCCUCCGGUGGUGGCGGCCGUGUCUGGGCAGGAGAGGCAAUCGCCCGAGGUCGCAGAUCUUACGUGGCACAAAACUCCCGCAAUCCUGGAACUGGAGGAAGAACCCAGGCUCAAUCGAUUAGGUUUAUUAUUGGAUUUGGGCCCCGACCCGAUAAGAAAAACUAAUGAACUUCCAUCCUUUACUUUCCCCGACACCAUCCUAAACCUCAACUCCUCUACUUUAUCCGCCAUUACCAAUCUCCCACCAAAGAAGCAGAUGAGGCCGGCCAAGGACAGCCCUUCUCCGGCCGCCAAGAGAGGCCGCCCUUCUUCCCCGGCCAGAUCCUCCCGACUCCCCUCCAAACUGGCCUCGCCUGAGUCCGCCGACCCGACAUCGAGCCGGCAGUCAAGACUCACUCCCGCCGCUUCUCUGGUUGAAGGGGAGUUCACCUCUCAACGGAACACCAUUGAUCUCUUCCAAGACCUUCAAAUUUCCGAAGAUUACGUCGUCAGCAGCUCCAGCCCUGAACCCAGGAGUUUUCCCAACAGCGUGAAACAGCAGUGCUGGGAGAAGGCAGAGAAGGUGAAGGGUCGAGACCCGGCCCGUUGGCGACGCGACCCGCUUGGGAACAUCGUUUUCCGGAAGCUCGUCGGAUGUGCUGGUUGUUUGUGCCAUGAUUAUGAUCACAUUUUGCCCUACUCCAAGGGAGGGAAAAGCACACUGGAUAAUUGUCAAGUCCUGCAGGCAACAGCUAAUCGAUCAAAGGGAAACCGAAUUGAGCUAUCCAGAGCUGAGCUCAUCCAGAGAAGUAACUACUGCCGUGUUUCAGGUCGUGAUAUGGAUCUUGUAGAACUAUUAGCGUACGGCAAUGUACAGCAUACCCAGGAUGCAGGCGGUUGCAGGAUCCAAUAACUGUCUCUUUCAUUUGGAACAGAACAUGGCGUCCAAUCUGUUCGCUUGUAGUGUAAUCUGUCUGAAUUUAGUUCACAUACAUGGAGAUCAAAGGUGUAAACUCAUGUUCAGUGACCUGCUAGUUAAAUUCCAUGAGCCACUGAAACUGAAUAGUCUGGGUGGUAUUCCACUCAUCCCUGUUCAGUGAACGCAGAAUAUCAAAGGACGAUAUGGAAGCACAGUUGAUAUUCUAAUUGAGCAGCUGGAGAUUUCACCCGAAGCAUGCCCAUUGACUCAAUCUUAUUAAUGAUUUGAUCAUAAGUUGGUGGCUUAUACGCUGGAUCUUGGCCCACUCUCCCUUGUUGUGAAGUACAGAACCAAGAUUGAGAUACUUUCACAACUGAGGGACACUAGCACCUCCUCAUAAACGCUUGAUGAAUUCAUUCAAUUCAAGCUUCACCUCUUGGCUCAUGCGACCCGACGAGUUGCAUCCCCCCCACCCACCCCCCACCCCACCCCAUACUGCAGUUGUGAAGAUAUCUCCGGGCAAGUUGAUGGGAAUUUAGUACUUUACCAUAUGAUAAAUUCCUUCCAUAGGGAGCAGGAAGUCUAGAUUCAUCAUCCUUGGCUAUUUUUUUUAUAACUUUUAAGUCUUGAAUUUCGAAAUAGAAUUUUGGUAAAAAACCACUAUGCAAAACGGUUUGUGCACCAACUAUCGGACCCACGAACCGUCAGACUCCCGCAUUCUUCUCACUUUUCUUGGGCGUCUCACCUACACACAAAAGUACAGAGGGGCACACGGGCCCUUUAAUACUACGACGAUCAAGUUAGUCCGAAACUUAGAGUGAGAAAUUUCUAACUCCAAUAUUAGCGAGAGAAUCCAACCCCCCAUCAAUGCCAUCUACCAGAACUAUUUAUACUCACCCAGCUCUCGACAUGGCUCAUUCAUUUCAGCCCUACGUCAACAUUGCAUUUAAUACUCUGUACCUCCACCUGGCUAGGCGCCCCGACAAUCAUCACAGUCUUUCUGACAGACGCCAGGCGCCUGGUGGGGGACAAUCAACAAUCCGUACUACCUUGGCAUCUAGUGAUUCUUGUCACUAUGUGUCUCCCCUUGUUGCUCAGCUUGACCCUUUGGGCCCAACCCGCCUACUGGGCUUGCUUUCGGGAUUUCUCUUAGGUGAUAUCUCUCAAUAAGUUAUUGGACAUUUACUUGUGCCUGGUAUUUUGUAAUAUCCCCAACCAUUGCCCUCCAGUUCGGCACUCAACACCUGGUGUCUUGAGUGCCUAACUGACCCCCUCAGUGGUGUGUUUGCUUUCCUUUUCACGGCCUCUGGGCUUCCUCUCUGAUUGAUUUUUCCCAUAAUUUUGCUUAACAUGGCGCCCGCUCGAUGCUCCACUCUUGUCGAUCGCUCGCGUUAACCCUUUUUUAGAAUAAGCGCUCGUUAAAUGCCCCUAGAGUCUUGAUCUGCCCGUAGCAAGGGCCCACUCCAGGUCAAUUCACGACCCAACUCUACCAGCCCUUUACGGAAGGCACCCUUUUGUGGUAAAACUCGACACAUUGACGGGCCCCCACUACUGCAAUGAUCGAUGGUCACUCGAUGACUCGUCUACAAUAGGCGUCUAUCUAUUACAAGAUACACCCCCUUUAUGAGCUCAAUGAUAGGCGCCAAACAUGCUUAAUAUUUAAUUUAGGCGUUUGUCUGUUACAAGACAUCCUCUUUAUGACUUGUAAAUAGCCAUUGAGAUAAUGCGCCUAAUGGUAGGCGCCCAACGCGCUCAAUAUUUAAUUUUCUCAUGUUGACUAAUCUUCUCUAGGCGCCAGACCGUGAUUUGAUAUGGUAGAUGUUCGCCCGUUACGAAAUAUGCGCCUCCCUGGCCCCUUACGACCGACAAUUUGAAUUUCAAACGCUAGGUCGUGCUCACGCCACGUUGCGAUGGGCUCAAAUCUCGAGGCAUGUCCCUUUAUCUUUCUUAUAAAUACCUCUCUUCCAACUCAUUUCUCUUCUACUCUCCCUAAAACCCUUCUUCUCUCUAACUUCUCUCUAACGCUCGCCUUGCGCCACCUCGUUUUCCCUCUCGCUACUUGUCCAUUGUCGUCAUUAUGUGUGCGCCUCGAGACGAUGUCGCAUGUGCCAGCUCCAGCAAUGAACAAGGCACCCCGCCAAUCCUGGUAAGCACCCCUUUCAAACUUGUGUUUGGCACAAAUUUUCUUUGAAUUUCCUUAGCUUUUGAGGUGUGUGCGCCUGCAUGCUCUAGUGGGGACGCCUCAGCCUUCGUCGACUCCUUCAUAUGUGCCCGAAGAUGGAUCGUAUAAGAUUACUACAUGGUAGAACAUCUGGCCCUUGGACUAUGUGCAUAUUGACACCUCCGAAAUACCUGCUAACGUGGUCGGUCCAGAACUUCAGUUAACAAUGUUGGCGGCGUGGAUGGAGAACCUUAUAAUCAGUCUGCAGCUGCCUCGGUUCCAGUGCUAUGCGCCCGCCUCCCCUAUCCCGAGGAUCAGAUUAUGUAGGCCAAAAUGACUCGGAAUUUAUCUGGAGUACUUUCGCUUUGGAUUGCUAUUUCCGGUAGAACUCAUAUUGGGAAAGGGUGCUGGUGUCUUGUGAUUGCACGAUUGGGCGCCUGUCGCCUUUAGUCAUUUUAGUAUUUAUUCUCUUCAAGUUGAAGUGUAGGAUGCACAACGUGAAUCCGACGUUCAACUUAUUCCGACAUUUUUUUAAUGUGGUGCUUCUUGACAAUUUCCCGUCCCUUCAAAAGUGCAAGGGAAUUCCAAACUUUGUGAGAAAAUGCCCCAAGUUGGGGAGGAGUUGGUUCCGGGGGUUCUUCUUUAUGAAGGAGCGUACCAAUUUCUUCUUUGAAAGUGGAGGCGAGGUUGCGACAGAUUGGGCGCUUGGCGAUGAGGCGCGUUUCAAUAUCAUGGUUCCCCUAUCUCCGGACGAACAUAGGAGCGCCUAGCUUAUAAGCACCCAACCAAUUGAUUCAUGUCUAUUUGUACACUUUUUACCCCCUUUAUCCUUAGACGCUUGAGGUACUUUUACUCCGUGAGGUUCGGUUUUACGCUAGGUUGUGGUUGUUUUUAGUAUGUUUCAAAUCUUAGUAGGUGAAAUCAACCAAUGGAACAAAAGUUGGAUUAAAAGAGGCGGAAACUGGUCAAAAGGGAGCAACAUCAGCAGUUCACGGUGGAGGCCAGCAGUUCACGGUCAUCCAGACCAUGAAGAAGAGGCAUAGACUGUGAAGAGAGAUGAGUUUAGAAGGGUUUUGUCCAUCUCAACGCACACCGUGAAGACACACUCCAGACCGUGAAGCACCUUAAUGAAACAACGCGUCUUUGCUCAACAACACGACCCGAGCCAGAUGGUCACGACCGUGAAUUGGGACCGUGAAACGCCGUUGAUCUGGGUAUAUAAAGGGGGCUGAGCUGAAAGAGAAAAAGGAGGAACCUUGUGAGAGAGACUUCUUCUUCUUCAGAUUUCUAAAGUGAGAAAGUGACGAACAAGAGGAGAAGAGAAGUUUGGGUUUCAUCCAAGAGCUAGGUUUUAGGAAUUUCUUCCUCCAAGGUUGAUCUCCACACCAUAAGGAAGAAGACAAACAUCUCCAAGAUGGUUUUCUCUCUUCUCCCUUGUGUGUUCCAUCUACUUAGCAUGGAGUAGACCUUUCUUUCACUUGGGUGUUUGUAAACCCUAGCUACAAUUAUGUGAAUGUUUGUAUGGAUUGAAUGACUUGUGUGUGGUUGUAUUUUAAUACAAGAUAUGAAGUAUUUUCAUGAAGAUUGUGUGUGUUCUUGCAUUUCCAAUUCUUAUGCCAUUUUGACAUAGGUAGAGGGAAAUCCCCUUCUUGUUAAGAGGCUUGUAAAAGUUGGAAUUCUUGGGCUAAUUGUAUCACCUACUUAGGUUGAAUUAGGGCAAACCUCUUAAUACAUAUUAGCACCUUUGGUAGGUUGUAAUUUGGCCGUCCGAACUAUAGUUCAAGGGUGAGUUUUGAGCAACCCUUAGUAGCUUGAUUUUAUAUCCCUUGGCAUAGAGACAGAGAGAGUGAUGGUAGUUCACUUCUUGUACUUUUGCAUUCGAUCCGACAAAUCACGAUUGUUAGCUAGGGGUAGCAAUACCUGGGUGAAGCCUUCUCAAUUAGUGUUCAAACCAUUUAAUUUUUCAAUUAUUUUAGUUAUAUAUCAUUGUCUUAACCCAAAACCAAUUGUUAGAUAAUGUUUCAAACAAUCGAAGUAGGGGUACAUGGACCGGCUCAAGUUUGACUUUUAUAACAUACUUAUCGUAUAUUGCUCCCGGUUAAGGUUUAUACUUAGGCCUUAAUUGGGGGUUUUUAUUUUAAUAUUCGGGAUGAGUCAAAUUUUUGGCGUCGUUGUCCGGGAACUUUCGUUCUAUUAUUUUGAAAAGAUUGUUUGGUGUUAAUUUAGAGUUAACUUUUUUUGUUUUGUGAGUGUGAAUCUUGCUUGUGCUAGACGAGUUGUGUUUCUUUGUAGCGUGUGCAAGAGAGUGUAUGGCCCGAAGUAAUCCGACACCUUUGGCGUCAGUAGACGAGAAAGGGGACAACCACAAGUUUCACUAUCCCUCUUUGCAUCGGAGCAUGCCAUAUAGAAAGUAGAAAGUGAAAUGCAAGAUCCGGAUUAAAUAACGUUGGUUGGAUGUAAAUCCACCAAAUAAAAAAGCAAAAUAAUAGAUGUUAUAUAAAAUAAAAAGAAAUUAAAAAAGUGUUUCUCAAUCAGAAAUCAUGAUACUUCGACACAAUAAAAAUGGUUCCCUUCAUGACGAGACUAGCUAAAAGAUGACUAAUGCUAAGCACCAGCCACUUAGCUUAACUGGAACCUUGAAAUUGUUUUAGAGGUAACGGAAGAAAUAUCAAUUUGUUAGAGAUUUUAGGCCAUUUCAUCUUAUGUCUUAGUAGGGGCUGUCAUGCGUGAAUGUCUUUACGUAGUUUUUUUCAACCUAGUUAUGGUGCUCAGAAGUCUUUUAGUUAGUACAUACUCAUAGGGUGAGAUGAGAGGCAACAUGUGCAAAGAUAAGAUCCAUGGUUGGGGCUCAAUGGCACAAGAAAGGGCUCAAUUAAGUGGAUUUUGCCGGCUUUUCGGCAGCGAGCCAAGCCAGCGGGAGAACUCGUACCCAGCCGAGCAAAACGGAUAUCCAAAAUGCUUGAACUAGUAUCCAUAUGCUUGUUGCUUUGAUGAAGUAGUACUAAAGUAUACACGAGAGCACAAACUAGUAUCCAGAUAGCACAUACCAGUAUCAAAACAUCACAAAACUAGUAUUAACUCCCAUAAUUAAUAUACAACCAAUCAAUUA